AUGACAUCCUCGAGUGGCAUAGGAUGGGCUCAAUUACGGCAGCAGGCGCGAUCUCUCGAAGCCCAGACUGAGUCCUUAUUUCAUGUGUUCUCCCAAUUUGCGUCCGUACCCGAAAUCCCUACGACACCAUCCGCAGAAGAACGGCGUGUUGAGACGCAGCUUGAGGAGCUCUUGAACCUUGUAUGGCAUAUACCCGGCCGUCAACUAAGCUUAGGAGAGAUUACUGACAGUGACGCCAAGCGUCAAUCUCUAAUUUCGCAACUUUCCCGCCUUCUCGACUCUGAAUCUUCCUUACCUGCGUCCGCUUUAAAGCGGAACAAUCUUGCUCGGCACCGAGCAAUUCUUCAUGACCAUCAGCAAGAGCUAAGACGGCUUCAAAAUAGUAUUUCAGAAUCUCGAGCCCGCCAAAAUUUACUUUCAAACAUUAGAUCUGAUAUCAAUGCCCAUCACUUGUCAGACUCCGGCAUUGCUGAAGCAGACUAUAUGUUGGAAGAGAGAGGUCGUAUUGAUAAUAGUAACAGUGCAAUGGAUAGUAUUCUCAGUCAAGCCUAUGCUGUCAACGAUAACUUUACUCUACAAAGGGAGACGCUGACUAGCAUUCGUCACAGAGUAAUGGCCGCUGCUAACCAGGUGCCUGGAGUAAAUUCGCUGAUAAGCAGAAUUGGGGCUAAAAGAAGAAGAGAUAGCUUUACAAUGGGGAUUUUCAUAGGGGCUUGUUUCCUGAUUUUCCUUUAUUACCGCUGA